ACACCUGGCUACCAGCUGAGCCUGUCUCAGAAGCCCCCUCGGAGGAUCGACGUGGCUUGUGUCACUUUUGACCUCUACAAGACCAACCCACGGGACCUGGGCUGCCUCAAUGUCAAGGCCACCCUCUAUGGCACCUACAGCAUGUCCUACGACCUGCGCUGCUAUGGGGCCAGGCGCCUGGUGAAGUGA